CGUGAAGUGGGUUAGCUACAAGAAGUAGGCCUGGACAGAGUCGCUGCAUGGGACUCAUAUGAACAUUUCAGACUGAAGAAUAAAAUGGACUGUGGUGGAGGAACUAAUGAUGUGCAGGCAGAGCUGGACUCAGUGGAGGCAGAGCUGGACUUGGUGGAGCUGCAGAUUGCGGAUCUCCUGCAGAAGCAGUCUGAGCUGACCGGACGUAAGAAUGCUCUGCUGUGCCAGCUGGAAGAAGCCUGUGACUCCGCACAACCGUCUGCAUCCUCCUCUUCAUCCUCCUCUUCCUCCAAAGCAUCUGGAGAUGUUCCUGUGAUGAGCAAGCAGGAGAUGCAGCGCUAUGAUGGAGCAGAUUUUGAGUGGUCCAAAGACGUGGAGCAGCAUCUGAAGGAUUCAUUCCAUCUGUCCAAGUUCAGACCUCUGCAGCUCAGAGCCAUCAACCUGACACUGGCAGGCAGAGAUCUGUUCAUGGUGAUGCCCACAGGACGAGGAAAGAGUCUCUGCUACCAGCUGCCUGCUGUCUGCUCCAAGGGUUUCACUCUGGUUGUCACUCCUCUGCUGUCUCUGAUGGAGGAUCAGGUCAUGUUCCUGAAGUCCAUCGAUGUGUCAGCAGUCAUGUUGAAUUCUUCCAGCAGCAAGGAACACGCUAAGACAGUCAUGGCGGGGUUGACUGAUCCAAAGGCCUCCUUCAAGCUGUUGUAUGUGACUCCAGAGAAGAUCGCCAAGAGCAAGUUGCUGAUGUCUCGUCUGGAGAAAGCCUACAACGCUAACCUGCUGAGUCGUAUCGCUGUGGACGAGGUGCACUGCUGCAGCCAAUGGGGACACGACUUCAGACCAGAUUAUAAGCUGCUGGGCAUCCUGAAGAGACAGUUCCCUAAGGUUCCUCUUCUGGGACUCACUGCCACGGCAACCAGCAGCGUUCUCAAAGACUGUGAGAAGAUCCUGUGUGUGUCACAGCCGAUCACACUCACCGCCUCCUUCAACCGAACCAACCUCCAUUACGAGGUUCGUAUUAAAGAUUCUGACAGUGAAGCAUCAAUAAAUGACAUCGCCUCCACGAUUAAAAACAGAUACAAGGACCAGUCAGGAAUUGUGUACGUGUUCUCUCAGAAAGACGCUGAGUCAGUGGCGUCUGAACUCCAGAAGAGAGACAUCCUGGCUUAUCCGUACCACGCUUACAUGGAUCCUGAAGACAAGUCCAGAGUUCACCGCAAAUGGACAGCUGGGAAAAUCCAGGUGGUGGUAGCCACUGUGGCGUUUGGAAUGGGCAUCGACAAGUCUGACGUGAGGUUUGUCAUCCACCACACCAUCAGCAAGUCCAUAGAGAACUACUACCAAGAGAGUGGACGAGCAGGUAGAGAUGACCGUCCCGCAGACUGCAUCGUUUACUACGGCUUCUCGGACAUCUUCAGGAUCAGCACGAUGGUGGUGAUGGAGAACGUUGGCCAACAGAAGCUGCUGCAGAUGGUCGACUACUGCCAGAACCUGGACAGGUGUCGGCGCUCCCUCAUGGCCGUUCAUUUUGACGAGGUGUGGGACAAUAAAGGAUGCAACCAGAUGUGUGAUAUUUGCAGCAAUCAAAAAGACCUCACCACUUUGGACAUUACCCAGCAUGCCAGGCAGGUGGUGCAGAUUAUUGAGGUUGCUUCCUCCAUGGAUGAGAAGUUGACCCCUCUAAAGCUGGUGGAGGCAUGGAUGGGGAAGGGCCCCGCCAAGCGCAGGAAGAUGAUCGAGACCACCACGCUGCCUAGACAGCAGGUUGAAGCUGUGAUAGUUUACCUGCUGGUGAAGGGAUACCUCAAAGAGGAUUUCAGCUUCACUCCUUAUACCACCUACUUCUACAUGAAGCUGGGCCGUAAAGCCCCUCUGCUGAAGAGCCAGACUCACACACUUAGCAUGAAGAUGAAGACAACAGAGAGUGGAUUUGUAAAAGCUGCGAGUGGCAAGAACAAAACCAAAGAGGGAAAGAGAUCAGUUCAAAGUGCUGGAGACGCCCCUGUGUCCAAGAAAGUCAAGAAAGACCUCCCAUAG